GAUACACGAUACCAGGAAGUUAAACUGUGUCAUGUGAUAAGUCAAACUCAUGGAUGUUAAAUAUUUACAGUUUCUUUUGCCAGUUUAUUUUGUUUAUACAGUGUCAGUGGCAUUUGCCUGGCAUGACACAUACUAUGAGCAGUUUGUACAUUUUAUGCACACAUACAAGAAGGCCUAUGAUGCAAAGUCACCAGAAUUUUGGCAUCGAUUUGAAAUUUUCAAGAAUAAUUUGAAACAUUCUGCUGAGCUGAAUAAGGCCCACCAAAAUGAAACAGCUGUUUAUGGGGUCAACAAGUUUUCAGAUCUCACACAAGAGGAAUUUGAAAAACAAUACCUGAGAGGACUGAAGUCUUCAAGUCUCCAUGGCGAUAGGAUCAAGGUUGAUGUUGCAGUACCUUCACUGAAGUUGCUGAAGAAAGCUGGUCCCCAGUAUGUGGACUGGCGAAACAAGAGCAUCAUCUCCCCGAUCAAGGAUCAGAAGUCAUGUGGAGCCUGCUGGGCCUUCAGUGCUACUGAGACUGUGGAGAGCAUGUACGCCAAGACCACUGGUCAACCUGUCCCUGUCCUGUCCGUACAGGAAGUCAUAGACUGCUCGGAGAACAAUGGCUGCCAGGGUGACACUUGUUCUGCUCUGAACUGGAUGACGAAAUAUAACAAGACGAUAGUUUAUGAGACAGACUACCCCCUUGUGGACAAAACACAAGUUUGUCACCUUGGCAACAGCACAUCACCCGGGAGGGGACCUCAUUGUCUCCCAGGAAACGAAGACAAGAUGGUACAGAUGCUGAGUACAGUUGGACCGCUGACUGUGACGGUAGACGCAUCUACAUGGAACAACUACAUCGGGGGCAUCAUCAGGUUUCACUGCUCCAACGUCAACAACCAUGCUGUACAGAUUGUGGGUUACGACCUUCGGGGAGAUGUGCCUUUCUACAUUGUGAGAAACUCCUGGGGAACUGACUUUGGUGAUAACGGCUACCUGUACAUCAAGAUUGGAGACAACUUGUGUGGAAUUGCUGAGCGGGUCUCCACACUGACGGUUCAGGACUGAGCAACACUGGACUGCUAGUACUUACGAGUUCGUAUUCCAAAUGUGUUCAAAGAAAUCCACAUUCCAGCACACUUGAAGAUGCAGAAGAUAUGUUUAUAUGUAUUGUGACUUGAGUCUCUCUCGACAGAAGUUGAUAAGGUGACAUCAAGUGUCAUAGAUAUCUUCAAGAAACUGUUGCAUGUACCUCAGAGAUGUGAGAGUAUGUUUCCUGUAUUUCUUACUGGUGAUACUUUAACACAAUGAGUGUCUCAUUCUAACUGUCUCUCAA